CGAGAAACGACGACAACUUCGCUCUCUCUUGCAGAGAGGAGGGAGGGAGAGGGAGAGAGAGAGGUUCGGACGCGGAAACUGAAACAGAAAGCAAUUCCCAGGAUUACGUUUUCCCUUCUUCUUCUUCUUCUUCUUCUUCUUCUUUUUCGACGUUGUUGCUUUUCUUCGUUUGCCGACUUCUUCUUCUUGAAAACGGUGACAUCGGGGAUCCAAGUUCGAGGGAGGGAGGGGAGCCUCUCGAGUCUCUGCGGGUUUGUCGUCGUGGCGGGAACGGGAAGCGAAACGGUGGUUCUGGUGCCAUUUUGUAGUGGUUCUAGAGAGUCAUUCUUUGCGUUUCUUUGGGCGGAGAAGGGAGGGAAUUUUUCCUAAGGGUGUUGUUAUUGGUGGUGGUGGCGACGGUGGCGGCUAGGGUGGUGAUGGUGGUAGUGGUGUCGCUGUUAGACGUAAGAGUGUUGAAAUAAAGAAAUUUCGUUUCAUUGGAGUUUUUGGUGAUGCUGUGGAGGGGAGAAUGGACGAGCGAGGGGGUUCGUUCGUCGCGGUGAGAAGGAUUCCUCAAGGGAUCGACCGUGGUACCGGCGGCUGCCAUUCUACUUCGGGGUCGGCAGCUUGGAUUGGGAGAGGUCUCUCAUGUGUUUGUGCGCAGAGAAGAGAAAGUGAUGCACGUGCUUCCUUUGACCUGACCCCUUUACAGGAGGGGUGUUUGUACAGGUUGAAGAACAGGAUAGAAGUUACUUAUGAUAGUUCAAGGCCCGAACAUCAGGAAGCUUUAAGGGCUUUGUGGUCUGUGGCCUUUCCCAAGGAAGAACUUCGUGAUCUGGUGUCAGAUCAAUGGAAGCAAAUGGGUUGGCAGGGAAAAGAUCCAUCUACAGAUUUCAGGGGUGGGGGUUUUAUAUCUUUGGAAAACUUAUUGUUCUUUGGAAAGACUUAUCCGAAAUCUUUCCAAGAUCUUCUGCGGAAGCAGGAUGGAAGCCGAGCUAUGUGGGAGUAUCCAUUUGCAGUAGCUGGUGUAAACAUUACUUUUAUGCUGAUUCAGAUGCUUGACCUCCUAUCUGCUAAGCCACAGAGCACGGUGGGAUUGGUCUUUGCAAAACUACUCUCAGAGAACGAAUGGGCAUUUGACCUGCUAUAUUGUGUUGCAUUCAAGAUGAUGGACGAGCAGUGGCUUGCCAUGCGUGCUACAUACAUGGACUUCAAUUCUGUUAUGAAGGCCACACGUGCACAGCUAGAAAAGGAGUUGUUGCUUGAAGACAUAGGACGUCUUGAAGACAUGCCAUCUUACAGAUUGUUACUUCAGUGACAAAUGGAAGUCUGUCAACUGUUAAGAAGGCCUCUUCUUUAUCCACUCCCUUUCGCCUCUUCUGUAGUCUGAAAUCUUUGUUCCUUCCGGGGUUUGAGUGUUGUCGAAAGUUGCCUGGAAGAGGAGAAAAGAAAAAAACGAAAAAACAUGUUCUGUCUGUCUCUCUCUCUCUCUCUCUUAGCAAGCACAAACACACAUACACAGGAAAAAGUGAUGCCCUUUUCCUAUGACAAUUUACCUAGGGGAUUGCCUUGAUUAGAAAAGGCGCCGGGUACACCCCGUGUGUAGGAGAUCAUGCGGUUAAAUGAGUCAGCAUCAUUUCUCUGGGUAGAGGAUAAUUCCAAGAGUUCAGAAUGCCUAGUAUAUUUGUAUCUGCAAGAAACCUAGAUAAAACCUUUCAGUUGAAGAACGGGAGAGCGUGCAGCUGUCAUGUCGGAACUGAGUCGUAAAAUCUGCAGAAACCAGGGUUCCAAUGCAGCUUCAAGUUUCAACUCAAUGGUGUAGGACACCACUAGAGCAACUGGAACUGACCGAUUUUCAUUGCUGAAGCUUGCUCACGUGUCUUAUUUUCAAAAAGUAAACAGGAAAAGGAAGGCCUGUUGAUUUGCUUAUUCUCUAAGGAAGAAUCUAUGAUGUAUGUGUACGGUUCCAUGAUUCCAUCUCAAAGCGGAAAGGUUGAUGGAUAUUUGGUAAUCAAGCCUGAGUUCUAUCUCUUUGUC